UCUGGCCAGGCCACGUUGGUGGUGUCUUUGUGGGGGUGAGUUUGAGACGACGAGACAUAACACGUUAUUAUAACAAUGCAGCUUCGCCUCAUCCACUAGUUACACUUACAUCGAGGUGAGGGUGAAGUUUCAAAAAUUACACCUAUCACCUUACUAUUUGUUUUUCUACUUUUAAUAACUCUCAAAUUCUUAUUUUGCACCCCUAAACCAUUUUCACACUCAUUUCACUCUUCUCUCUCGACCCCCUCUGUGACCCUAUUCGAACAGGUUAUUUUUUCGUCUUGGGUCUUCUUUUCUCAUGGUGAACAUUUGAGCCUGGCUUUUAAUUUUUCGGUCAUGGGAUUUCUAAGGUUUAUUAGAAGGUAUAGUUACCCUUUCAAAGGCAAAACUCAAAAUAGAGCAUGCUUAAUUCAGCAUAUGCAAAGCAGAGGCUUCUCAAAGGUGGAAGCUUUCAAUGGCAAUGAUGCAGUGGUUCCUGUUCUGAUCAUUGGUGCAGGGCCUGUGGGUCUUGUUCUCUCUAUUCUGCUCACAAAAUUAGGUAUUAAUUGCGCAGUUUUGGAGAGAAACAAGGCAUUUUCUAAACAUCCACAAGCACAUUUCAUCAACAAUCGAUCCAUGGAGAUAUUCCGCAAGAUUGAUGGCCUUGUUGAAGAGAUUCAAAGGUCUCAACCACCAGUAGACUUAUGGAGGAAGUUCAUAUAUUGUACCUCCCUCUCUGGUUCAAUUCUUGGAUCUGUAGAUCACAUACAACCUCAAGAUCUUGAGCAUGUUGUCAGCCCAGUCUCAGUUGCACACUUCUCACAGUACAAGCUAACCAUGUUACUACUCAAGCAACUUGAAAAUCUAGGCUUCCAAACAUGUGCAUUUGAAAGCUCAGAAGGAAAUAAGCCGUCUUGUGAAAAGAAAAUAUUGAUGGGUCAUGAGUGUGUAUCCAUCGACACCAGCAAUGACUUCGUAACUGUAACUGCUUCUUCUGUCAAUAAUGGAAAGCAUGUAGAAAAGAAUAUCAACUGUAACAUCCUUAUUGGUACAGAUGGAGCAGGAAGCACUGUGAGAAAGCUUGUAGGAAUAGAUAUGAGAGGUGAGAAAGACUUGCAAAAACUUGUCAGUGUCCAUUUUCUUAGUAAAAGCCUUGGACAAUUUUUGCUUAAGGAGAACCCUGGUAUGCUUUUCUUUAUCUUCAAUACUGAAGCAAUUGGGGUCCUUGUUGCUCAUGAUCUCAGGCAAGGAGAAUUUGUUUUGCAGAUACCGUUUUAUCCACCUCAGCAAACAAUUGAGGAUUUCGGUCCAAAGGCAUGUGAGAAGUUAAUCAGCAAACUUGUUGGGCGAGAGUUUGAAGAUGUAGAUGUUAUUGAUAUAAAGCCGUGGAUUAUGCAUGCUGAAGUUGCUGAGAGGUUUAUAUGUUGUGGCAACCGAAUAUUUCUUGCCGGUGAUGCUGCUCAUAGAUUUCCGCCUGCUGGUGGAUUUGGAAUGAAUACUGGUAUUCAGGAUGCCCAUAAUCUUGCCUGGAAAAUAGCUUCUGUGAUCAAGGGUAUUGCCCCAACUUCAAUGCUAAAUACCUACGACAUGGAACGUAGACCAAUCUCUGUAUUCAAUACAAGGUUAAGUCUUGAAAACUAUACAGCUGCCAUGUCUGUUCCUGCUACACUCGGUCUCAAUCCAACUGUUGCAAACACAGUACAUAAACUUAUUAUUAAUGGGGUUGGUUCCGUCUUACCAUCCGGAUUGCAGAGAGUAGCUUUGGACGGAAUUUUUGCUAUAGGCCGUGCACAGCUCUCUGAUUCUGUUCUAAAUGAAAGCAACCCCCUUGGAUCCUCAAGGUUGGCUAAGCUAAGACAUAUAUUUGAAGAAGGAAAAAGCCUUCAACUUCAGUUCCCUGCUGAAGAUCUUGGUUUUAGGUACCUACAAGGAGCAAUUAUGCCAGAGAGUGGUGAUGUUGAGAGUCCUCCACAAGUACCCACAGGUCGUCGGAGGGACUAUAUCCCUUCAGCACAACCAGGAUCUAGACUGCCUCAUAUGUUUGUGAGAGUAAACCCAUUGAGCGAGGAGAAGAUUUCUACGCUUGAUCUUGUGUCUGGAGAUAAAGUUGAGUUCAUUCUCAUCAUAGCACCUGUGAAGGAAUCUUAUCAUUUAGCUCGUGAAGCGUUCAAGGUGGCUGAAGAACGACAAGUUUCUCUCAAAGUGUGUGUUUUUUGGUCUACUGAUUCUGUUGAAGGACUUGAUAAAGUAAGUAAAGAAGCAUUAUCACACUGGAAGAAUUAUGCAGACGUUGUUGAAGCUUCUUCAACAACUUCAAAUUGGUGGGAUAUGUGUAACAUGACAAACAGAGGGGCUAUUUUAGUUAGACCUGAUGAACAUAUUGCCUGGCGUACGAUUUCAGGACUUGCUGGAGAUCCUAGGGCGGAAAUGCAGAGGAUUUUUUCUGCUAUACUUGGAGUACACUAGUAAAAUAGGCAAAUACAAAUUUGUAUUGAUUCUUUCAGGAAUACUACUUUUUUAGGUAGACCCAUUAUUUUUGUCAUGGGUUGUGAUAAUAAUGAAUCUACCUCUAAGGUUGUUCAAAGUGUUCUUUUUAAAAAUUAUUAGUGUAUUUAAUUUAAUUUUGAUUGGAUUUUGAAUUCUGAUGUAGUUGAUCCAAUACCAUAUGGUGUUUGUUAGGCGA